GGGAAGUACUUUUUUCUAUGUCACUGACGAGACGCUGGUAGAAGGAUUAUUUACACAUAUCUUUGUCCAGACUGUAACGUUAGCCACCAAAUUUUACGAAAUACCUGAAAGGGGACUUCUUAAAAGAAUAAACUUCUCUGUGCCCUGACAGUUUGAGGAUGGAGGACAGUGAGGGUCACAGCUCUGCACACCAAGGAUCUGGUGAUGGUGCGACGAGCACUAUGAACCUAUAUGCCACUCUGGGGCUCUCUCCAGAAGACGUGGAUGCUCUGGCCCAGAUUCCAGAGAACGAGAUCAGUGUGGAGACGUUGCCUUAUCUGAUAAUGAAACUGAAAGCCAGUCGAGCCAAGCAAGAGGAGCAGGGACAGACCUCCCCAAAGGGAGACAGCUGUCAGGAGGAUACAGAUGAUGGAGACCUUAGCAAACAGGACAGUCCCCCUGCUGUCCCUCGCAGGUCAAACAGCCACUGUGACACUGAUUAUAGGAGAGCGGAGAUUCACAGUCGACCAGAGCGGACUGAGGCAAGGAGAGGUUCCCGUCACACUAGGCCCUCAAUGGAAAAACCAUCCGACAGCCAGCAAAAGAUUCCUUUCUCCUAUCAAGUGGAUGAUUUUCAUGGAGUUGUGCCCAAGGUUUACCCACACACAUGCUCUCUAUGCUUAUGCAUGUUGAAUUCUAAUAAGACAUGGAAGGAACAUCUCAAUGGAUUACGACAUGCGGAGGGCUGUCAAGAACUCACGCGCCUAUAUCCAGAUUGGAAAAAACAUGAUGCUCGGAAGGAAAUGUCUAAUGCCAUUCCGAGUAGAGAUGCUAUUUCAACCGCCCAGAAGUCUGCAUCAGAAAGACACUAUUUGAAACCCAGGGCUGGCACGAAGGUGGUGGUCACAAAAUUUCCCCAUGGCUCUGUUUGUGUUGAAGACUUGAUGACUUUGGCCAAGCCAUUCGGCACGGUUGUAAAACAUCUGGUGUUCCCCUGCAAGGGAUUCCUGGAGUUUGGUUCUCACAAAGAGGCUGUCAAUAUGGUGAAUCACUUCAGUGAAAAGCAAGCUUUUGUGAAGGGAUAUAAGUUGAAUCUGUACUUGUCACCUAUGGUGUGCAGUAUUCAUCCGCCAAGGUUGGAUGAACCAACAGAAAAACGGCCGACCAAACAAGCUACCAAUACAGUGGUUUGUUUUUCCCGCCUACCUCCUGGGAAGGAAAGAGAAUCUGAGAUUCUUGAUCUCGCCAAGAUGUUUGGGGAUGUGCGGCAUUCAACAUUUUCAAGUGAUCAGGCCCUGAUUGAGAUGGUAGAUUGGAAGGAUGCUGACAUUAUGGUGAAGUACUACCACUCCAACCCCCUAAAGAUCAGUGGAAAGAGUGUCAAAGUAUACUUGUCACUGAAACGCCUGAGAGAAAGUCCUGACUCCACCACAUCCAGAAGAGCAGAUUCCAGUAAAGGCCGCAGCAGCAGACACAAGAGUGAGGAGACUAGCAAGACCUCAAACUCCACAAACAAAGAGAAACCCAGUACAGGCAAACAACCUGCCGAGAAAGUGAUGGAACAAGGAGAAGGUCAACAAAGCGCCUCAGAGGAGGUCAAGGAAGUGGUCAAGCAGGACAUCGAGAUGGUCAAGGAGGAGGACGUUGAUUUGGAAAACAAAGAUCUGGACGAAGAGAUUAUCCAGGUGGAAGCUAAACAAAGCUUGUUAGAUGACGAGAAUGGAGCUGGUGUUGAUGCUAAAGACCCUGCUCCUUCUAAAAGUGCCUCUCUGGUGGCUGAUUCUAAAGAUAAGGGGGAACCUGAAAUCUCAGAACUGUUGGCAGACGAUACCUUGGAGGAUUGUGACAUCAAGGCUGCCGAUGAUCCAGCUCUGUGUGAUGCUGACGUCUCAAUGGAGAACAUGGUGGAACAGGAGAGCUUUCAAGAAGAUGACAAUAUGGAUGACAUGGAUUUCCCUGAGAAUAUGGAUGACUUCGUUACAUUGGAUGAACUUGACGACAGUACUGGAGGGGACACGCCGCUGGAAUCAAAGGAUGCUUCAUGGGAUGGAAAAGUUGUCCAAAUUAGCCCAAUUAGAAAGGGCUAUGGAAAUGUGGAGGUGGCCCUAUUGAAACUGGCAGAGCGAGCAAAUGUGAAAGUUGUAAACCAUUCAAUAUCCUUCCUCAGACAGGAGGCAUGGUUAGAGCUUGAAACUACUGAGGAAGUACGUGAAAUGGUGAAAUUCUACAAAGGAAAAGGACAGUUAUUGAGGAAACAUGUCAAUGUUAGCAUGUGCUUUUCACGAAAAGAGUUGGAGAGUCCUAGUGGGAGAUCCAUCUACAUUUGUAUGCUUCCACUCCAGAAGUACUCGGACGUCUCUCUUUUACGACUUGCCCAGCCUUUCGGGAAAAUCACUGGCUAUAAUUUGAACUGGCGUCAUGGAAAGUGUUAUAUCCAGUUGGAGAGCGUGGAAGCCGCUCAGAAAAUGGUGAAGUACUUCCAACGUCCACACAAGUUCUACGGGACCCUGUUAAGGGUCAGUUUGUGCAAAAAGGGAGACUCCCUAAUAUACUGGAAGCCUCCAGUCAAAUAUGAGCUGUGGUUGGCCAGUCAGAAAGACAGAAGAUCAAGAGAUCAUCAUGGAGAUGAAAAGACUAAUGGCCAGUCAGCCAAAAGCCCCUAUCCAGAGGAUGUCCAGAGCCCUGUGUCUGACAGUGAGGGGGUCUGUGGGGACCCUGAGGGUGAGGAAGCCAGUGGUGUGGAAGCUCUCCCAGAGGGAGAGGAGAAGCAGGAGGAGAAGCAGCAGCAGCAGGAGGAGAAGCAGCAGCAGCAGGAGGAGAAGCAGCAGCAGCAGGAGGAGAAGCAGGAGCAGGUGGAGGAGAAGCAGGAGCAGGUGGAGGAGAAGCAGGAGCAGGUGGAGGAGAAGCAGGAGCAGGUGGAGGAGAAGCAGGAGCAGGUGGAGGAGAAGCAGGAGCAGGUGGAGGAGAAGCAGCAGCAGAAGAAGAAGCAGGAGGGACCUCUGGGUCCUUAUCAACCUGACAACCCUGUUGGGUUAGCCUAUCUGGUGCCAAGGACUGGAUUCUUCUGCAAGCUGUGCAACAUCUUCUACAACAAUGAGGAAACAGCCAAAUCAGUCCACUGUAGCAGUGAGGAACAUUAUCUGAACCUUAAGAGAAAGAUGAAUAAAGAAACAGACCUCAUCUGAUUGAGGAUUGUCGUCCCCUUGCAGUCUUCCCAGAGGAAGGCCGUUUUAGUAUAAACAUUUCUGUCCAGUUUGUUUUUAACAUUCCAGUCUUUUUUGUUACUGUUAACAUUGUUACCCAUUUGAAAUUAAUUAAUGCAGCCUAUUACGAAAUGUAGUCCCAUUCUGUGGUUAGGAAUAGUACCUGGAUUUAGUUUCCUCUUAUUGAAUAAAUAAAUGUUGGACUUGUU